AUGAGAUUAAGUUUUACAAUAUAUCAGUCUAUUUUCUGGCUACAUUUGAGCGCAGUGUUUGGUUAUAAUGAAACAUUCAACUUACACGCAAAAUCAAUCGUAGAUUCUAAUGAAAUAGUACCGUUGGCAGAUUUGAUUAUAGAUAAAGAAACCAACUCCUUAAUCAUAAAACACAUUCUUGAUUCUUCCUUAAAUCAUAAUAUUAAUUCUGAUACGUUAUAUUGUAUUGGUAUUGAAGAUCACGACUGUUUUACUUUAUUACAAUUGACAACCCCACUAUCAUACGAAUUAAUUUGGGAUUAUGAAAUCAAUCAUCUUUCCUUAGUUUAUAAUGAUUCAUUAAUAGACAAUCCUAUAUAUAAUAACAAUUAUAAGAAUGUGAUAUUACCUUUAGUAAGACCAUCUACGAAAAGUUCCCUUGGUGAUGUGAUCAAAUUGAAAAAAGUUACAAAGACUUAUGCAGAUAAAAAGAAAGAACUAGGUAAUGUCAUAUUAGAUAAAGAAGAUGGUGAUGAUUCCACUAAUGCUAACAGAAAUAUAAAUCAAAAGGAUGAUAAUGAAGAGGACAAGUCCUGGUUAGAGAAGAACUGGAAAAGAAUAAUAGUUGGUAUUGUGUUAUACAAUCUUGUAGCACUUGGAUUUAAAAAACAACCUGCUGAAGAACAAACAACUUCAUAA